AUGUCAAAAACAAAAGAUGGCCACUCCGGUGAGAGCUACCAUCAGGAAUACAUCGCCUCUUUACGAUAUCGCAAUGACUUGCCGCCCCCCGAAAUGCCUCCCAAAUUCCUCGAGAUUCCCCACGAAGGGUUAGAGCGCUUUCUUACUCCGGGGUUUGCAUCAACUAUGGCGCGGCGUGAGGAGCCCAAUAUUGACGUAGAUGCGGAAGGUGGCAUGCCUAUUGAUUUAGUGGGCAUUCCGGGCCUGCAUUUAGGAGAUGAGAGCGCUAUUAUGGCACCUGAAAAUCCUCCCCCAAUCGAUCCCGCUGAUCUUCCCCUUCUUAUGACCCUCGACCAGCUCCGGAAUCCAGCUCCAAAGAAUGCAAACGUCAGUUUCCUGCGGCGCACGCAGUAUAUUGCUGCAGGCGCCGCGGGUCGUGGAGCGGACGGAAACCUCAAGGCAGUACCCUUUAUUACUCCCACCGCCGUGAAAUCAGCACCCCGUGCGAUGAAACCCACUAAACUCUCCCGUGAUGAUCCAAUACAUGUUAAAAAAUAUAUUCAAAAGGGAUUUGACAUCGCAUAUCCGGAAAGCAAACAUGAAGGUGAAGAUACAGCAAGCGGAAUCAAAGGCCUACUCGCUACAAAAGUAGAACUCGACGCCUGGGCAAACCCCACUCAUCCUGAUAAUCCAAAACUCAAACCAGUCGGAUUCUACCCCGUCAUUCCAGACCUGGGCGGUUUCCCUGACCCAGGCGGCUACGUGCAAUUCAAAUUUGACAAGGCGCCUGUCCAAGCAGCUCAGGGGCGACGUGAUGAGCGCAUGGAUGUCGGGAUUCUCGUCCCCUCUCUGCCCGAAGAGCGCGUCAGCAAAGAGCACGCAAGCAAAACUGCGCUUCACAAAGCAAACCCAUCUCUAUACCCGGACCCAGGCCCUAUCCCCUGGGAUUACGACCUCUUCCUCCCAGAGAAACAAGAAACGGCCCCACAAAUAAAAGCCAGUCUGAACGUUCUAAACCCGAACCGGAACGACGAAGAAAACUACACACAUGAAUCAUCCACCGGCACUGACGAAACUCUCAAACACCACCGCUACGACCGUAUCCGUACCUACGCCACCAGCUCACAAAACCUCCACCCAGAGCAGAAAUACAAAGACGUCGCACUGGUCCUGUUUGACCCAAUGGAGACAUCAAACCAAACAUCUGCCCUACCCUAUCGCCUCAAACAAAAGGCCGCCUACUACUAUCCUAUCCUUGGUAAGACGCGGCUGAAGCCCGAGCGCGCACGCACCAUCGCACAAGCAGGGUUGGCUCCGACACGCCCCAAAGCCAAGGAGGAGCAGGUGCAUCAGAUUCAAAUUGUUGUACGGGAUCCAGAUGAGGCGGAGGGGUAUAAGCGGGCCUCGCAUCGGGCGCAGGUUGAUUCGAAGUUUGCGAAGACCUUGCCACCGCCACCGGAAGACAAGAGACAGACGGAGAUGAAAGUGGAUGGAGAGAAGGAGGAGGUGUUGGCGGAGAGGCCGGCAGGCGUGAGAAGGGAGGAUGAAGGUGAGGAUGAAAUUGAGGAUAGGUAUAGAGAGACUGAUAGGGUUGAUGAGUCGGGUAAUAGUAAGGACAAAGAAGAGGGGAGGCAGAGUAGCAGCGAGGAUGAUGAGAUGGUUGAUUCGUGA